AUGCCUCAGAUCCCACUGCCGCCGUCCGCCACGGUUUUAACGUCUUCAGAGCCGCCACGAACGCUGUGGAUGGGCGACCUGGACCCCAGUUUUGACGAAGCUACCAUCCAGCAAAUCUGGGAACAGCUCCAAAAAACGGUCAACGUCAAGCUGAUCCGCGCCAAGAAGAACCUGCUCAUCCCAUGCAGCACCAGCAGCACGUUCAGCGACCCCGAGACCGUGGAAACCGCGGCUGCUGUUGAAGCAGAGCAGGAUCUAGAGCCUAGCGCUACUAAUGCCGCUGCCAGCGAUGCUGCCAGUGCCCAGCCGGGCCAGAAAAUCAACAUCAACGGCGUGUCUUUCAUCGACCCCAACACCACCCAGUUGCACCACGCAGGAUACUGUUUUGUCGAGUUCCAAGGUCUUGGCGAUGCCCAAUGGGCGCUGACGCUCAACUCCACCCCGCUACCCAAUAUUAUCAGCCAGUCAACUCAGAUGGCCACCAACCCAUCGGGUCUGCGAAAUUUCCGACUCAAUUGGGCCUCAGGUGCUACUUUACAAAGCGCCAUUCCUUCCACGCCAGAGUUCUCGUUAUUCGUAGGAGACCUUUCUCCCACGGCUACAGAGGCACACUUGCUUUCACUCUUUCAAAAGAAUUUCAAGAGCGUCAAGACCGUGCGGGUUAUGACCGACCCUAUUACUGGCGCUUCGCGUUGUUUCGGCUUCGUUAGGUUUGGCGAUGAGCAAGAACGGCGCCGAGCGCUGGUCGAAAUGAACGGAGUGUGGUGUCAAGGACGCAAUCUACGAGUAGCAUAUGCCACUCCUCGCAACAACGUCAUGUGGCAACUGACCCAGAACGAUCAACAACAACGUCAGCAACCACCGCAACAGCAACAACAACAGCAGCAGCAACAACAACAGCAUCAACAUCAACCGCGUUUACUGCCGCCCCAUCAGCAACAACAGCAUCAACAGCAUCAACAUCAACAACAGCAGCAACCUACACAACUUCAACUUCAUGAACUGCAGGCACAGCAUGCACAACAUGCACAACAGCAACAACAUGCGCAAUAUCCACAACAGCAACAACAUCAACAACAUCAACAACAUCAACAACAUUCACAACAUCCACAAUAUCAAAACCAGCACCAACAUCCGCACUCACACCAACACCAACACCAAUAUCAACAACAGCUGCAACAGCAACAGCAACAGCAGCUGCACCAACAAGCACCUUCACAGUUGUAUUCGAGCCCCUACCCACAAUAUCAAAACCAAUCGUUGGGGGGAAACUAUUUGGCCGACAACUCUGGUGCACCCAUGCCAUCUUCUGGUUUUAAUCAGGCUCCUUUACUAAUGAAAACUGCUAACUCAUUGGUAAAUAGUAAUCUCGUCAAUUUUCCCUCAGCUACCAGCGACCAAUCCUUUUCGUACAUGCCUCCUUCUAGGAACUCUUCAGCUGUAGGACUUUCAAACUCGUCUCCGGAUAAUCACUUGGCCUUCACCAACCCUAGCAAUACCACGGUUUUCAUUGGUGGCUUAACCUCGCAGAUCUCAGAGCGUCAAUUGCAUUCAAUGUUUGCACCUUUUGGAUCAAUCGUAAACGUCAAGAUUCCUCCAGGAAAGGGAUGUGGUUUCGUAAAGUACGCAUACCGCAUUGAUGCCGAAGCCGCCAUACAAGGUAUGCAGGGCUUCGUUGUGGGCGGAAACCCAAUAAGAUUGUCCUGGGGAAGGACAUCGGCAGAUACUGGAAGACAUAAUACCAUGCAGGACAUACCAUCUUCACACUCACACAUGAACGUCAGUUAUCCGUCUCCGGUUUGGAAUAAUAAUGAUAACGCAGCUCCUUCUGUCGGACAUCCCAUGUAUGCAUCUACACACUUGCAACGCCAAGAUUCUAUUACUCAAGCGAAUAGUGUGCCUCCUGUGCACCCAUCCCUGUUAUGA